CUGAAAGCUCGCAAGUUAUAUUCUCAUUCUCAAUCUAUACUCGAUACCAGAAGAAUCCAAACCAGUCAAUAUGAUCGCGACAGGGAGUCCUUCGGUUUUCGUAUGCUUAGCACUUUUCUUUUGCACAUGUCACCAAACAUUUGCUUUUACAAGGCCGAUCCUCACUCGCCACGAGCAAUGUAAGGCCAACGGUUUCGAUGGGGGCUGUGACUUUAUUAAAGCCGACGGCUCAUCCGCAAACAGUUGCACGCAAUUGAGAUGCGCUCGACGUCUGGGAGAAUUGUCAUACGUUCAACGAUUCAGCAAAAUGCCACAAGAGGGAACUUACUGUGGUCCCUUCAGCUAUUGUUCCAAAGGGAAAUGUGUUCACUCGGACGAGGAAUCGAAAAAAAUCCGAUACACAAAUGCUGAAUACAAUGUACCCGGUUGCUGACAACUAUAAUGAGACAACGUCAUCGUGUUUAGAUGUAAGAAGAAAAACCCUCCAUUAGAAUAAGAACUUUUAUACGUGUGUCAAAUAAAUAUUUUCAUAAUAAUUGCUGUUAAGCG